AUGAUCGAUCAAUUCGCAGUCUUUACGCCAGCAGGUAAUCUUCUUUAUGGCUAUAAUUCGUUAAACAAAAAGUUCUCUGAAACUCAAAUCAAUAGAUUUGUCUCUGAGUUUAUCAGCCAGCCGGUGAAGGAUGUGACUUCCAAAUUUCCUAUUAUAUCCACGUCAGAUACUAGUUACAUGUAUCAUGAAACAAAGCAGCCACAUCUGUUUCUCGUUGUAUCGUUUGCGUCGUCAGAAUCCAUUCAAUUAACGGCUGAAGCAGAAUCUGUGGUUGUUCUUGCAACUAAGCUAUGGGAAUCGUUAGGUUUGAAUGAGGUGAUUCUUGACAACAUUUCUGGGAAAGGAAAGAAAAAUGUUCACAACUUUAGGUUCAUCACUGAAGGUGCUUCAGAUCAAAUAUCAAAGUUCGGAUCUUAUUUCGAAGUUAAAUACGAUGAAAUGAAAAAGACCUCUCAACAGAAAGGAAAGAAACAUACCGCAAACUAUAACAAGCAAGUACCUGUCUCUGCUGCAAAUAAAGGGAAACAGAGUAGCAAGGGUAAGAAGGAGAACAGCCAAAUUAAAGCCAGAAAAUGGGGUAGGGAUGGACUUUUAGAAGAAACUGCAGCAAUGGACGAAUCGUUAGAUUUCUCUGAAGGCAAUAGAACUGCUUCACCACCUAUCGCAAUUGGGUCUGAUUUAGAAUCUGAUAUGCGCAAUGGUUCUCAGUUCGGUAAACAAAACGAUAAAGGAGAAUUUUUAAUUAAUGAGAUAGACGAAUUACUUGCAUCAAAUAAAGAGAAGUCAAAGGCGAAGCCAACAACUUCGUCUCCAUUUUCCUUCUUACAGAAGCAUAUCUUAGGUAACAAGACCAUAUCAGAGGAAGAUUUAAAAACGGUUUUGGAUUCCCUAAAACAAAAGCUAAUUUCCAAAAAUGUUGCUCCUGAAGUUGCCGAUCAUUUAUGCAAUCAGGUUUCGAAAGAUUUAAUUGGUUCUAAGACCGAAAAUUGGACCAGUGUUGACCAAACUGCCAGAGAAUCUCUACAAAAGUGUUUAUCUUCUAUCCUAACACCUAGUGUUUCCGUCGAUCUUUUGCAUGAGAUCCAGAAAAGGAUAAACAAAAAGGACUCAUCUGGGCUAAAUGACCCUUAUGUAUUUUCUGUCGUUGGUGUCAAUGGUGUGGGAAAAUCAACAAAUUUAUCAAAACUUGCUUUUUGGUUAUUGAAGAACAACUUAAAAGUCCUUAUUGUGGCGUGUGACACAUUUAGAUCUGGUGCUGUGGAACAGCUUAGGGUUCACGUAGAAAAUUUAGCACAACUAACUGAUCAUAACCACGUCAGAGGUACGAAGAAUAGAAGAGGCAAAACUGGUAACGAAUAUGUAGAGCUCUUUGAAGGAGGGUAUGGUGGUUCUAAUCUUGUUACCAAAAUCGCCAAACAGGCUAUCAAAUACGCAAAAACUGAACAUUUUGACGUUGUUUUAAUGGAUACCGCAGGAAGAAGACAUAACGACGCUACACUAAUGUCUCCACUAAAAUCUUUCGCAGAACAAGCUAACCCAGAUAAAAUUAUCAUGGUAGGUGAGGCUUUAGUGGGAACAGAUUCGGUGCAGCAGGCUCAUAAUUUCAAUCAAGCGUUCGGAAAAGAGAGAAAUUUAGAUUUCUUCAUUAUUUCCAAGUGUGAUACUGUGGGUGAGCUUCUAGGUACGAUGGUCAACAUGGUUUACGCUACAAGCAUACCUAUUCUAUUUAUCGGAGUGGGUCAAACAUAUACUGAUCUUAGAACUUUGAGUGUUGAAUGGGCGGUAAACAGUUUGUUAUCUUAA